CCACCACCCACACCAUGAGCGCCGACCCGUCGUCGUCCAAAAAGUCCAAGAAGGACAAGAAGAGGGCCGCCGCCGAGGCCGAGGCCGAGGGCGAUGGCGCCGACGCCGUCGUCAACAAGAACAAGCGGCACAGGAAGGACAAGCCCUGGGACACGGACGACAUUGACCACUGGAAGGUCGACGCGUUCACCAAGCCCGAGGACAAGGACCACAAGCCGUUCCUCGAGGAGUCGUCGUUCGCGCUCCUGUUCCCCAAGUACCGCGAGCCGUACCUCCGCUCCGUGUGGGGCGCCGUGACCAAGUCGCUCGACAACCUCGGCCUGGCAUGCGAGCUCGACCUGGUGCAGGGCCGCAUGACGGUGCGCACGACGCGCAAGACGUGGGACCCGUAUGUUGUGCUUAAGGGCCGCGACCUGCUCAAGCUGCUCGCGCGAGGCGUCGCCGCCCCGCAGGCGCUCAAGGUGCUCCAGGACGAUGUGGCGUGCGAUGUCAUCAAGAUCUCGGGCCUCGUGCGCAACAAGGAGCGCUUUGUCAAGCGCCGCCAGCGUAUCGUCGGCCCGAACGGCUCGACCCUCAAGGCCAUCGAGCUGCUCACCGACUGCUACGUGCUCGUGCAGGGCAACACCGUGUCGGCAAUGGGCAGCUUCAAGGGCCUCAAGGAGGUGCGCAGGAUCAUCAUCGACUGUAUGAACAACAUCCACCCCAUCUACCGCAUCAAGGAGCUCAUGAUCCGCCGCGAGCUCGCCAAGGAUCCCAAGCUGGCCGGCGAGAGCUGGGACCGUUUCCUGCCCAAGUUCCAGAAGAAGCACCUCAAGACGUCGGAGAAGACGGCGAGGAAGAACGCCGCCCUCAGCAAGGGCGACAAUGCCGAUGCCAACUCGACGCCGCUGGGCCAGCCAGCGGCCGACGGUGCGGCGGCUCCCGCUGCCGCCGCGCCCAAGCCCACUGCUCCCAAGAAGAAGGUCUACACUCCCUUCCCUCCCGCGCCGGUGCAGAGCAAGCUCGACAAGCAGCUCGAGACGGGAGAGUACUUCCUCAAGCCCAAGGAGAAGGAGGCUGCCGCCAAGCGCGAGCGCGAGGAACGCCACGCCGUCGCCGCCGAGACGCGCCGCGCCAAGCGCGAGGAGGCCUUUGUCGCGCCCGCCGAGACGGCCGCGCCCAAGGUCGAGGAGCGGAGGAAGAAGCGCAAGCUGGACGCGGGGGCUGCUUGAGUGACGUAGAUUCUACUACUGGCAUCGACUACACUGUGAUGAUGAGAUGCAUGUUGUACUAUACAA